ACAAAUUUGUCUACUUAAUGAUGUUUCAUUUUGAUUAUCUUAAAUAAUAAGUAAAGUGAUUGCCUUAACUUCCACAUUAGGUCUUGGAGGCUUUCUUAUCUCAUAUACCAAAUUCAAGUUUGACCCGUAAAAGAUUUCCUACCUAUUUUAUUGUUACUUUACUUCAUAACAAUAACCUGCCUCUCCCUUUUCUUGCUUUUAAACUCUCUUUCCUUCACCAGGUUUUGUUGUCUUUGAAAACAUUCUCCAACAAUCACGUUUGGAUUGGUUUACUUUGUCAAAUUCAUACAAGGAUGUCUCUGGGGAAGAAGAAUUCUAGUUCAAGAGUUGAGAAUGUUGAAGAGAGUAAGGAGGAGUUAUCAUUGUUGGACUUGCCUGAACUGACCUUAGAAUGCAUACUUGAAAAGCUGCCUCCUUCAUCACUCUGUCAAAUGGCUGGUGUUUGCCAUUCCUUGAGAGACAAGUGUGUGAGUGAUUACUUUUGGGAGAGGCACAUGAAGAAAAAAUGGGAUGGAGUUAUUGGUCAUGCCGCUUAUAGGGAAUGGAAAUGGUAUGUUGCUUCAAAAAGGGAAGAUGUUAAGGAUUUUAAACAUGCCACACAAAGAGGCUUCUUGAUGAGUUACUUCUCUAUUCUUUGGCCUUUUCAAUGGAUGAAAUUAAAGGUUGAUGAUGGAAUUGAUAGCUGCAAGAUGCGGAGUUCAUUGGUUGUUGAUUCUGUUAUGAAGUGGUAUCUUGCUAUUGAGACGGGUAGUUUCUGGUUCCCUGCUCAAGUCUAUAACCGUGAGAACGGUCAUGUUGGAUUCAUGUUGUCUUGCUAUGAUGCUAAAGUUAGCUAUGAUUCGCAAACCAAUACCUUUCAAGCAAAGUAUCCUGCACAUGGAAGAAGAGGAGAUGCUAGAGAGUGUGGGAUUCCAUGGAAAAGAUUAAGAACACCACCUGUUGAUACUUGUUCACAUGAUCUACAUAUCUCUGAUUGUUUGGAUGAUUUGCAUCCUGGUGAUCACAUAGAGAUUCAGUGGAGGAAAAACAAAGAAUAUCCUUAUGGUUGGUGGUAUGGUGUUGUAGGUCACUUGGAGUCAUGUGAUGGGAAUGAAAAUCAUUGCCGCUGUCAUAUUAGUGAGACAGUGGUGGUAGAGUUCAAGCAUUACACUCCUGGUUCAAGAUGGAGACAGACUGGUAUCAAUAGAAAAGAUCAUAGAGAGGAAGGAAAUGAGGUUGAUGGAUUUUAUGGGGGAAUAAGAAAGAUUGAGAGUGAGAAUGAAAUAUCCAUUUGGAAACUAAUGUGGCCAUCUGAUGUCUUGGAUUAGUACUUUGUUUUACCAGCUGAAGCAUUGACAUGUUCUGUUUUGUACAAGGAAAUAUUAAACUUAAACGGAAUUAUCAUAUCAUAAAGUAUUUAUAUCUUUAUGGUUUCCAUCAGUGUAAAUUAUCCACAUUCAUACACAAAUAUAUAAAGAAAAAUGUUUUAACUA